CCUCCCAUUCUAACCGCGCAUGAGCGGCUCCCAGAGCGCAGCGAUCGGCGGUGCGCUAGCACUGAUGAUCAGUGUGGCCUGAUGAUCUGUGUAGCCCCAGCAGUGCCACCUGUCAGUGUCCAUCAGUGCCAGCUCUCAGUGCUCAUCCAUGCCACCUGCCAGUGCCCAUCAGUGCCAUAUCAAUGCCACAUAUCAAUGCCCAUCUUAGCUGCCCUUCAGUGUCACCCAUCAGUGCCAGUCAGUGCCACCUAUCAAUGCCAGUCAGUGCCACCUAUCAGUGCUGCCAAUCAGUUCCACCUAUCAGUGCCAGUCAGUGCCGCCUAUCAGUGCCAGUCAGUGCCGCCUAUCAGUGUGCCUCAGUGCCGCGUAUCAGUGCCCGUCAGUGCUGCCUAUCAG